CUCAGUGUAGCAGUGAUGGCGACCUACACGUUAAUGCGAAGUAGCCUGGGAAUAUUACACGGGCUGAAAUGUUCUUUUAAAAGUGUAGGUCAGAUUCCGUACGCUGGGGUACUUACCCAGUCGAAAGUUCUGCAAAAUGCAAGAUGCUAUUCGGUCAGCCAUCUGUCAGUGCAGGAGAGAAUCGAGAAGAAACGAAAGGCAGCGCUUACAGGAGGAGGGCAGCUGAGGAUAGCUGCACAGCACAAAAGGGGUAAACUGACAGCGCGAGAGAGACUGGAGCUCCUGCUGGACCCCGACUCGUUUGUGGAGUAUGACAUGUUUGUGGAGCAUCGCUGUUCUGACUUUGGCAUGGAAGCAGAUCAUAAUAAGUACCCAGGAGACAGUGUAGUGACCGGACAGGGAAGGAUCAAUGGCAGACUGGUGUAUGUUUUCAGCCAGGACUUCACAGUGUUUGGAGGCAGUUUAUCAGGAGCUCACGCUCAGAAGGUCUGCAAGAUCAUGGACCAGGCAAUGAUGGUGGGAGCUCCAGUAAUUGGUCUCAAUGACUCCGGUGGAGCCCGCAUUCAGGAAGGCGUCGAGUCCCUCGCAGGAUAUGCUGACAUUUUCUUGCGGAAUGUGAUGGCCUCAGGUGUAGUUCCUCAGAUCUCUCUCAUCAUGGGCCCGUGUGCAGGUGGUGCCGUGUACUCGCCUGCUCUGACAGACUUCACUUUUAUGGUGAAGGACACCUCCUAUCUGUUUAUCACAGGCCCAGAUGUGGUAAAGUCUGUAACAAAUGAGGAUGUUACCCAGGAGGAGCUGGGUGGAGCAAAAACCCACACCACUGUGUCCGGUGUUGCUCAUCGGGCCUUUGAGAAUGACAUUGAUGCCCUUUUGAACUUGCGAGACUUUUUUAACUUUCUCCCACUGAGCAAUAAAGAUCCAGCUCCGGUCACUGAGUGCCAUGAUCCUCGUGACCGGCUGGUUCCUGGUUUGGACACUAUUGUUCCUCUUGAAAGCACAAAAGCCUAUGACAUGCUGGACAUUGUUCAUGGUAUAGUAGAUGAGAGAGAAUUCUUUGAGAUUAUGCCCAACUACGCCAAAAAUAUUGUGGUGGGAUUUGCCAGGAUGAAUGGUCGGACAGUAGGCAUAGUGGGAAACCAGCCUAAAGUGGCAUCUGGCUGUUUGGACAUAAAUUCAUCUGUUAAAGGGGCUCGCUUUGUUCGUUUCUGUGACGCCUUCAACAUUCCCAUCAUCACAUUUGUGGAUGUGCCUGGAUUCCUGCCAGGCACAGCUCAGGAGUACGGAGGCAUCAUCAGACACGGAGCCAAACUGCUAUAUGCUUUUGCAGAGGCCACCGUUCCAAAAAUUACUGUCAUCACCAGGAAGGCUUACGGAGGUGCUUAUGAUGUGAUGAGUUCUAAACAUCUGAGAGGAGACGUCAACUAUGCCUGGCCAAGUGCUGAGGUCGCAGUGAUGGGUGCAAAGGGUGCUGUUCAAAUCAUCUUCAGAGGAAAGGAGAAUCAAGCCGAGGCUGAAGCUGAAUAUGUGGAGAAGUUUGCCAAUCCCUUCCCUGCUGCUGUCAGAGGCUUUGUGGAUGACAUCAUUCAGCCCUCGACCACACGCAAGAGGAUCUGUAGAGACCUUGAGGUGCUCGCCAGCAAGAAACAGACCAACCCCUGGAAAAAACAUGCCAACAUUCCCUUAUAAAUCUCAUCUCAACACUAAUUUUAUAGCAUUUUAUGACAAUAUCUGUGGUUAGACUGGAGAGAAUGGCAUGCUUUUCCACAUGGUUCAUUGUGCCUUAUUCCCACUCAUAUGCAUUACGCUACUAUUUCAACAUUCUCAAAUCAAUAAAACACUCCCACGGUUCAUGA